AUGUUACCAAGAAUAGCCGUAAUUGGCGUCCCUAGUGAUUGGAGACCCAAUAGAGUUGCUGCCAGAAUUAACGACGACCUAGAUUUACCAGAAAACGAUCCCGAUGAGGUGAUCUCCAAAUACAAAUUUGGGGAUAGAAAUAGUACCACGUGUACUUGGGUAAUUGAAUGCAAACCAAACAUUAGAAAUAUAAUUUUAAACAGGAAAAAGUUGUACUUAGGCUGGAGUGCUUGCCCUGUUAGAGACCACGUUAGGAUUCUUAGAUGCUUCAAGUGCCAGGGAUUUGGGCACAUGGCAUCCGUUUGCAAAAACAAGGCAGCAUGUUCAAGAUGCACAGGUGAACAUGACACUAAAGACUGUACAAAUAAUGGCAGGCCUAGUUGUAUUAAUUGCAUAAGAGCUAAAGUUAAUGAAGAAGAAUGCUUCCAUGAAGCUUGUGACAACAAAUGUGUCACCUAUAAUCGAAGACUUCAGGCUCAUAUUAACAAUACAGAUUAUGGCCAAUAA